UGGGGUAAAUUUUCCAGGGUAACCAUAUCCUGAAGAAACUAUUUAAUGGCGCCAGAAUUCCUUUAAAAUUGUUCGGAAUAUAGUUAAUAGUAUAGAUCUUAUAUUAUAUAUAGGAUAAUUUAAUAAUUGUAAAUUAAGAAUGACAGAUUUUGAUGUUGAUAGUGUUUUAUCACAAUUAACAGUUGAUGAAAAAAUUGGAUUGUUGGCAGGGAUCGAUUUCUGGCAUACAUUCCCAGUUCAUAGAUUAGGAGUUCCAAGUCUUAGAUUUAGUGAUGGACCUAAUGGGAUUAGAGGUACUAAAUUUUUUAAUAGUACCCCUUCUGGAUGUUUCCCAUGUGGUACAGGAUUAGCUGCAACUUUUGAUAAAGAAUUAUUACAUAAAGCUGGUAGAUUAAUGGGUGAAGAAGCUAAACAUAAGGGAGCUCAUGUAAUUUUAGGUCCAACCAUUAAUAUUCAAAGAGGUCCACUUGGUGGUAGAGGAUUUGAAUCAUUUAGUGAAGAUCCUUAUUUAACUGGUUUAGUUGCUACUUCAAUUAUUAAGGGAAUUCAAGAUGAAGGAAUUGCUGCAACUAUUAAACAUUAUGUUUGUAAUGAUUUAGAAGAUGAUCGUAAUUCAAGUAAUUCUGUUGUAUCUGAAAGAGCUUUAAGAGAAAUUUAUUUAGAACCAUUUAGAUUGGCUUUAAAGAAUUCUGAUCCAAAGGCUUUAAUGACUUCUUACAAUAAAGUUAAUGGAACUCAUGCUUCUCAAUCUAAAAAAUUAUUACAAGAUAUUUUAAGAGAUGAAUGGAAAUGGACUGGUACUAUCAUGUCUGAUUGGUAUGGUACUUAUACUAGUAAUAAUGCUAUUGAAAAUGGUUUAGAUCUUGAAAUGCCUGGUCCAACUAAUUUCAGAAGAGUUCUGGAAAUUAAACAUAUGAUUUCUACUAAAGAAUUACAUAUUAAAGAUGUAGAUGCUAGAGUCAGAAGUGUUUUAAAUUUAGUUAAAUUCGCCUUAAAAUCUGGAGUUCCAGAAGGUGGAGCUGAAGAUACUAAAAACAAUACUCCAGAAACUAGUGCUCUUUUAAGAAAAUUAGCUCAAGAUUCUAUUGUUUUACUUAAAAAUGAAGGAGAUAUUUUACCAUUAAAGAAAUCUGAAACUGUGGCUGUUAUUGGACCAAAUGCUAAAUACCCAGCUUAUUGUGGUGGUGGAUCUGCUUCACUUCGUGCUUAUUAUACUACUACACCAUAUGAUUCAAUUUCUGAAAAAGUUGGAACUAAACCUCCUUAUCUGGUUGGUGCUAAUGGUCAUAGAUUAUUACCUGGUUUAGCUGCUAAUUUAGUUAAUCCAGUUACUAAUGGUACUGGUUAUAAUUUAAAAUUCUAUAAAGAACCAAAGGGUACUCCAAAUAGAACAUUAUUUGAUGAAUAUGAUUUAGAAGUUUCAACUGUUUUCCUUAUUGAUUAUUAUAAUUCUAAAGUUAAAGAUGAUUUAUAUUAUAUUGAUUUUGAUGGUGAGUUUACUCCAGAAGAAUCAGGUGAAUAUGAAUUUAGUGCUUCUGUUAUUGGUACUGCUCAAAUCUUUGUUGAUGGUAAAUUAGUUGUAGAUAAUAAGACUAAACAAAGAAGAGGUAAUUCAUUCUUUAAUUCUGGUUCUGAUGAAGUUAAAGGUAGAAUUGAACUUAAAGAAGGUAAAACUUAUAAAAUUGCUAUUGAAUUUGGUUCUCGUCCAACUUUUACUAUUGCUCAAGGUGAAGCUAGUGUUAUUACUGGAGGUGGUGGUGUUGUUUUAGGUUUACAAAAAGUUAUUAAUGAAGAAGAUGAAAUUAAGAAGGCAGUAUCCAUUGCUAAAUCAGUAGAUAAAGUUGUAUUAAAUAUUGGUUUAAAUCAAGAAUGGGAGUCUGAAGGUUUUGAUAGAACCCAUAUGGAUUUAGUUGGUUUACAAAAUAAAUUGGUUGAAGCAGUAUUAGAAGCUAAUCCUAAUACUGUUAUUGUAAAUCAAUCUGGUACUCCAGUAGCAUUCCCAUGGUUAUCUAAAGCUAAAGCCUUAGUUCAUGCUUGGUAUGGAGGUAAUGAAGGUGGUAAUGCAAUUGCUGAUGUAUUAUAUGGAGAUAUUAAUCCAAGUGGUAAAUUAUCAUUAACUUUUCCAAUUAAGAAUAGUGAUAAUCCAGCUUAUUUACACUUUAAAACCGAAAGAGGUAGAGUCUGGUACUCUGAAGAUAUCUUUGUAGGUUAUAGAUAUUAUGAAAAAUUAGAAAGAUCAGUUGCUUUCCCAUUUGGUUAUGGUUUAUCAUAUACUGAUUUUACUAUUUCUGAUUUAAAGAUUAAUACUGAAGAAGCUAAGGAUAAAUUAGAUAUUAGUGUUACUGUAAAGAACACUGGUAAACUUGCUGGAUCUGAAGUUGUUCAAAUUUAUAUUGGUAAAAAAGAUUCUGAUGUCAUUAGACCAGUUAAAGUAUUAAAGGGAUUUGAAAAAGUUACGCUUAAAGCUGGUGCUAAACAAACUGUAACUUCAACCUUAAGUUUGAAAGAAUCCGUAUCAUUCUUUGAUGAGUAUCAAGAAGAAUGGUCGGUUCAACUGGGAGAAUAUCAAGUUUAUGUUGGUAACAGUAGUGACAAUGCCACUACCGUUGGAACUUUCAAUAUUGAGAAGGGAUUCUUCUGGCUUGGUAAUUAAAAGAACAUGAAACAGAGUGAAUGGAAAAUAAAAUAAAACUAAUUAAAAAUAAAUUAAAAUUAAAUUAAUUAAAACUAAAUUAAAACUAAAUUAAAAUUAAAAUUAAAAUUAAACUAUUUGUUAUACAGUAUAGAAGUUUCGUAAAAGAUAUAUAUGUAUUAAUAAAUAAAUU